CCAUUGAUGGCUCAAGGGAGGCUCAGAUGGAGGCCAUGAGGCGUGCUGCAGCUCCAAGAUCCGCUUCCAUCAUCCCCUGCGUCGUCUCGCGUUCCUUCAGCAGUCAGGGCGGUCCGCCCCGCUACCGGCUGAAUGUGUUCAAAAAGCUGGACCAGGAGUACCUCGCAUGGAGCCUCAAGAAGAUGUCAGACACUGUCGAGCAGGCUGAGCGCGUCAAUGACUCCAUCAAGGGAUUGGCGGACAAGGCGCAUCGAUGGGAGAUGCCGCAGCAACAGCAGCAAGAUCCGGCCGAAAGCGACCCCGACAGCCGCGUCCAGAAGGGGCCCAAGUACCGCGACCAGUUGAGGGACAAUGUCGGGGCUGCCGGGGAGACCUUCGUGCCGCCGCUCUAUGUGCCGCACCGGACAAGGGGUCACGAGUACCGGCAGUUUGCAAAGAACAUCUACACCGACACCCCUCCGCCCGCACAGCGAGAGUGGCUCAAGGCAGAGAGCGGCGAGGGAGAUGGAGAGGGGUAUGAGGGCAGCUCGUCUCGGCGGGAGGAGUUCUCUGAUCUGAACUUCGCUGGCGAGGAGGAGGAGGAUGUGUUUGCGCGUUAUGAGAGUCUGAAGGAUGAGCCGCUGUACCAGGACCUGACGCACGAGGAGGCGCGCAAGAUGCAGGAGCUGCAGAUGCGCCGCAAGCUGCUGGACCGCCGGAUGAGGUGGCUCAAGAUGAAUAUGCUCCCAAACCCACAAAAAGACGGUAGGUAUGACGGAGGGAGGGAGGGAAGAUGCGUUCGUGCAGGGAGCGGCUCUGUGUUGUCCCCACUUGUACAUUCUUCCAGCCAAGAUGUAUCUGCGUCAAGUGGACAGCGAGGCUGCUACGAAUGAUGACGAUGAGGAGGAGCGGCUGUACCCGCCGCCAUUCAUGGACGAGCGACCAGACUCACCACGCAUCACGCGCAUGGUGGUAAGCUGCGGUGGCCACGCGCACCGCACCAGCCACCGUCCCCGCCUCGCGACGCGUGGCCGAUGGAUGUCUGUCUCGUGUGGGUGGGUGUUGGUCAGAACGAGACUCGUCAUUUGGAGGUGGAGAGUCGUCUUCGUGCCCGCAUCCGUGAGGAGAAGUGGGAGGUGGCCCGCAUCCUCAAAGAGCCCGCACCCACAGUCGGGGGCGUGGUGCUCGACCACCAAGAGUACCACGUACAACGACGCACGGUGAGCGAGGCAGACUUACUGGAGGGAAGAAACAGGCACUUACCUGGUUGGGAUGAUUGAUUUGCUCUCUGUGUGUGCGGUGCGGGUGUGUCCAUCCAUCCAUGUGCUGUGUAGGUUCGUAUUGGUCGCCUGAUUCAGUCUGCUCUCGAGCAAGUCAUCACAUGUACGUACGCGAGACGGGGGGUGGCCAAUAUGUUUCCAAGUCACCGCUCUCUGUCUGUGUGUGUGAUGGUGGGUUGGCAGGCACGACCCCCCAAAUACUGCAUGAGAUGCUCGGAGGUGGGCCGGCAGACGCACUCACACACUCACACAUACAUACAUCCGCGCAGACACAUAUGGACAUUCGGUGUGUGUGUUGUAUGCGCGUGUGUGUGGUGUGUGUCAGGCGCGUCCAUCACCGUCAACCACAUCGAGCAGAGGACCUAUCGGUCAAGAUGCUACGUACGUCAUCACAGCCACCACACAGACAGACAUCCAUGCACUCACUUGCUGUCUGCCUGCCGGUCUGUCUGUGUGGUCAGGUGUACUACUCGUUGGUGUCUGACCAUGACCCUGAGGAGGUGCAGCAGAAGCUGGACACUGCCGCUCCCAAAAUACGGUGCAUGAAUACAUGAUACACAAUACACCGAUCCCUCCACCCAGACAGACACGAAAGCAUUGUGACAUUCUGCAGGUAUGAGCUGGCGCGAAGGCUCGAGCUGGGUAAGCCAGGCACACAAAAGGGAAUAGAGGGCGUGUCUCGAACGGUCCGUCGUGGGUCUGUCUGUCUGUCUGUCUGUUUGUCCGUGCUGUCUGUGUUGGCGCAGUGCGCACUCCUGAGAUUGCCUUUCGACGGAACGACGACGGCUCGCAGUUCGACAAACACCGCCUGAUGAGCCUACACAUGUACGUACGCCAUGGCCAACGGCUCUCCUCUGUCGGCAUCAUCGAUUCUUGUGCUAAUGGCUGUCUGUGUCUGUGGGUGUCUGUCAGGUCGAGUGAUGAGCGUCGCGCGAGGGCCCGCCGAGUGCAGUCGACAUUUGCGAGCGUCAUGAACCACGUCAAGUAGCGUACGUAGCCUACCUUCGUCCCACUGAUUUGGUGUACCUGUCGGUCGUUACACGCGUGUAUGCGUGUUGACGAUGCUGUGCAAAUGGGUGCGUGUAUGUGACUCUCAGCCG